AUGGGACUGUUGGAGGAGCUCUGGCACCACCAGCACUGGCUGCCAUCCGGAGCCACCUGGGAAGACAUGAAAGAGUCUGCGGACACACACUACCCAAAGCCUCAGGACCUCUGGCUCUGCAUCCCCGGUGCUCUGCUCCUGAUCGUUGUCCGAUACGGAUUUGAAAGAACCAUAGCUCUGCCCCUGGGCAGGAGGCUGGGAGUGAGAGACAAGCAGAGGCCCAAAGCUCAGCCCACUGCCACACUGGAAGGCUUCUACAGGCUGCUGGGCAGGACCCCAAAGGAGGAGGACCUGAUUUCAGUGGCCAAGCAAAGCGGCCUGCCAGUCAGAACAGUGCAGAGCUGGUUCCGGCAGCGGCGGGCCCAGGACCGUCCCAGGCUUACGAAGAGGUUCUGUGAGGCGAGCUGGAGAUUCACAUUUUAUUUCACAUCAUUCUUCUCUGGGGUGGCUCUCAUAUACGAUAAGCCAUGGGUUUGGGAUCACACUGUGUGCUGGCUGAGAUACCCACAACAGCCUCUCCUACCCACGCUGGGCUGGUUCUACCUGCUGGAGCUCUCCUUCUACUGCUCACUGGUCGUCACCCUGCCCUUCGAUGUGAAGAGGAAGGACUUCAAGGAACAGAUCAUCCACCACAUUGCCACCAUCACUCUGAUCUUUGUAUCCUACUGUGCCAACCUGAUACGGCUUGGGGUGAUGAUCAUGCUGGUCCAUGACGCCUCUGAUUACCUUCUAGAGCUGGCCAAGGUUCUCCAUUACAUGAAAUGGAAGCGGGUCUGUGAAGCUGUCUUUAUAGUUUUCGCUGUGGUGUUCAUCAGCUCCCGCCUUGUCAUUUUCCCACUAAUCACAUACUAUUACUAUGUGACAAAAUUUGAGAUGUUCUUCCUAAGCUGCCUGAUAAACGCCUUCCUGAUAAUCCUGCAGUUGUUGCACAUUUUCUGGUCCUUUCUAAUCCUCCGGAUGACCUUUGGUGUCAUCCUGUAUGGCGCGAAAAAAAAAGAUGCAAGAAGUGACACUGAGGAAAGCGAUGGGAGCGAAGCAGAGGAUGCGACCAAGAACGAGUAG